AUGGUGGAAGAAACUCAAAAACAGCCGUCGAAAAAUAUCGCAGGACUUAUGAACCGCUACGAGUGUUAUAUAAAAAUUGAGCCUCUUCGUCAACUUGAUGUAAGUCCUUUGAGUUUAUUUUUGAUGUGUUUAGAUAGAAUAUCGUAGUAUAAGAUGUGAAAUUGCUUGCAGAACGAAUAGGCAGACCUUCCAGAGGCUCAAUGAUGUUUUUGCGGCAAAAACAGACGGGUGUUAAUAGGUUUUUAUAUUGUACUUGACACCUAGUAUCAUCUAGGCUUUGUGAACCUUAAAAUUGUCGGAAAUCGGCGAAGCCAGGGUCAUUGAGCUAGCCUGAGGUGAAACAAGUUAGUUUUUAUUUGGUUGCGCUUAAUUUUAGGAAGAUUUUGCACGUUUCCCAUCAAAUCCCUUGGUCCUCAUGGAUAAUGUCGAAAAUUUGUUUUUACGGCUAGAAUUGAGAUAAGGUUGGUCCUAGACAUCUUGAAAAUGGUCUUUACUGCCAAAUUUGUACGAAUAAUCUUACUAUUUUUAAUAGUUCUGCCUUAUUUUAGCCAACCCUGGCGGGUAAGAUCGACGUUCGUGAUUUUCCCUGGGCCCAGCAGUCCAAACGACGUGUUUCGUUUAACCCCGAGCCGGAGUAUCAUGAAAUAAAGAAGCGCCGGCGGUUUUGA